UUCUUGAGACUGAGCAGGUAGUCUCAGUGCCCAAAUAGGCACUGAUGGGUCAAGUUGUUGGUUGCUGCUGUGUAGUGCUUGUGAAUUGUGUAUCUGCUGUCAUGACCCGUUUUACUCUCAUGUUGGACUGCUGAUUGAUGUUUGGAUUGUGUCUGUUUGUGAUUUGUGGAUAUUAAUUUUUAUUAAGUGAUUUUUUUUAAUUUAUUUUUUUAAUUGGAAUACCCCAUUAAAAUUGCCAUGAUCAGUCGUAGAAAAAUUCUCUCUCGCUCCAGGGAUGAACUCAACGUUGAUUUAGGCUUAGAAGAAGAUGAAGAUGCUUGGUUUACAAAAGAACGACUCUUCAGGGAUCACAUCCAAGAAGUGCUCAACAAAUGGGAACAGAUAGACGAUGAGAUAUGGGCCAAAAUUAUAUGCAUGGAAAGGAACAGAAGAGUAGCUAAGGCAUACGCCCGAACACCUGUACUCACAGUUAACGGCUCUUCAGAUGGAUUCGAUGGCUACAAAAUUGGUCUGAAUGGCUUUGAGAAUCCUAUGAGAGAUCCAAAAACUGAAGAGGCCAAACGUCACAUUGGUCAUGGAGUUAAAAUUAAGAUGGAUGAUGCUGGAAAUAUCAUAAUUAAACGAGCUAGCAAGAGUGUAGCUUUCGUGAAAAACGUUAACGGCCCUGAAGAUAGUUGCCUGUCUUCUGAUGUUCAAAGGUUACAAGGACAACUGGAAUUAGAGAAACCAGUAAAAAUGUUCGAUAUGAAAAAAUUCCAGCAACAUAUUUCCAGAGAAUUAAGAAGAGCGUAUCCGGAUCGCCGGAAACUGGAAACUCAGUGUAUUUGUGUCGUAGGUUUCGUCAAAGACAAUGCCGAAGUGCUUGACUUGCCUUGUUGGGUCAUGAUCAUAAACAUAGUUGCCUUGGACAUGCUCAAAUCAAAACUGCCACCAACUGUCAUGUCAAAACGUCCUAGUGCUCCCAAUUUGGCCAGCAUAUUCGAGAGGCCACCUCUACGCCAAGGUAAUCGCAUAGCUGAAGAGGAUCCGUACAGCUUACCCGGAAUGACGUCAAGAAAUUCCAUUUACGGCAUCUUGGGUGAUCCUAAACCUCCAAAACUGCCUCCUAGAGAUAUUCCAAGGGUUCCUGUACCUACGCCUGAUUAUGAAGACAAAGAAGAUGAACGUUUUGAUUUCCCAACGGCCAAAAAUCACCAUAACAAUAACAAUAAUAAUAACAACCAGAAUCAAAAUCGAAAUAGGAAUCCUAGUAUAUAUGAUGAUCCUUACUAUUGUGGUCUGAGUGCUCGAGUGCCGAAGUUCGGCAAAAAGCCACCACCUCCUCAUAUGCCAGGUCUGCAUACACCACUAAGAAAAGCCCACAGUGGGAGUUAUCUAAGUCUCAUACGACCAUACGAUUCAGGACUCGAAUCUGACACCCACACUGGAUCUAGCGAAGACGACUAUUCCAGAAUAUACGGUCGACUACGAGCUCAGCCUGCUCAUUACGGAUACUAUCAAAGAAAGGAAUUAUAUGCAAGCAAAUGGCGUUAAACUACACAUUUCCCGAAUAUGGAAAAGUAAAAAACUGAACUUAAGCUAGACUUAUGAACCUUGGUUCAGACUAAAGAAAUUUUUUAAAUUCUGUAAAAGACAAUUUUGUGAAAUAUUUGUGUUGUGAUCAAGUCUGAACAAUUCUUAAUAUCCCCUUGUAAGAUACUACACACUUUAAAAUCGCUAUUGCUGCUAUUUUUUUUCUUUUAAGUUUGGCAAUUUAAGUUCUACAAAGAAACAAAAAUGCUGAAUCUAUGAUUAACUGCUUUCUAUGGAGGUGCUCUGAAACGUUAAGAAUCGUGUCUUUUUUAAGUUUCUAUUAUUGUUUCCUUAUUUAUGUGCCUCUGGCACAGUUGUGUAUUAAUUUUUUCCCCCGAGUGAUGAUUGUAAAUAUUUCUUGUAAAGAUUGUGAAAGAAUACGAAAGCAUGGAUGGUUGAUAACAACAAAAUAAACUUUGGGUGCAUUUUUAGCUGUAAAUCUUAUUAUAGUUUAUUUCUUAUAGCCUUAAUCAAAUUAAAAAUUAUUAAAGAAUUUCAGCUAAAUUUUAUAAAGAAAUAAGUAUUAAUUUUACCUUGUGAUUUUAUUUCCUUACAUCAAAAUAUA